AUGGAAGAGUCUGAUGCAGAGGAGUAUGUCUACUCUGAGGAAGAGUCUGAGAAGGAGAGUGAUGGCUCUCCAAGUGAAGAAGAGGGUGAAGAGGUCAAUCAAGAGGUUCAUGGAAGUGAGCAUGAGAGUAACCAAGAUGAACCAUGGAGGAGGCUGAGCCACAAGAGGAGGAAGAAGAACUCCCCAUGUACCAAGAGCACUACAAUGCUCUCUUCUCCAUGGACUUUGUGGAACCAAGUACCCACAUGUUGA